AUGAUGGCGCCGACUUCACUCAAGACGAGCCUAUUCCUCCUCCUGCUCCCACAGCUACACCUGACCUGGGCGACGAUACUGACCUCCCGUCAGCAGGUCACUUGUAGCUAUGAGUCCGCUGUCAGUUCCGGAGAUACCUCCCAGCCCUUCUCUGCCGAGUGGGGCUUGACCGUGCAGACUUUUGAGUCUCUCAACCCGGGUGCUGCCUGCCCGAACCUCGUGGCUGGUCAGAAAAUAUUGUGUGGUCGGCACAGUUUCAUCUGGUGCACCUACCACGAGCUCCUCACCUCUCGCCACCUCCACCUACACGCUCUCACCUACCUCGUCGUCAUCGGCUCCAUACCAGCCGCAAUAGACAGCGAAUUCCUUGUCUGGAAUCCAUCGAUCAACUCGGCAGAUUGUACCAACAUCCUGGCCGGCUACUACUACUGCGUCGACGUCCCCGGCGCCACCAAGGCCGAUACUACCACCACCGUGCCGCUGACCUCAACCACUCCCGCCGACGGCAUCACCACGCCCACGCCCUACCAAGCCGGUAUGACUGGCAAUUGCAACUAA